AUGGAAUCCGUCAAAACUGCCAUGAUUAACUAUCAUUUUCUAACUUUUCUCUUUGAUUUGGUGUUUAGUGUCAUAGUGACACCAUAUUUUUUGGCACCAAGUUUUAUUGUGUCAGGAGUUGGCCUUUUUGAACAACUUGGAGUCGAUCCAAUAGUCCAAACAUGUUUCCUGACGAUUACCGUAGAAUCCAUGUUCCUUUCAGCACUUCAAAUUUUCGAAAAUCGAUAUAUGGUAAUUUGUGAUGCUCAUUGGAUAUGGGGAAAAGUUCGAGUGCCUUGGCUUAUUUGGAACUAUGCGAUGGUCCCAUUUUUCAGUCUUCCAUUUUAUCUCGCCGCACCCGAAAAUCCAAAACUGUUGAAGUCGGAGGUUUCGAAGAAAUUUCCUUGCCUACCUUCGGAAAUUCUCGAUUUACAAUUCUACAUAAUCAACGAGGAUUUAUACACUGCAUUGUACACCAUACUUGCGUUUCUAGUUUUUCUGAACGUUCAAUUAUACUUUUUCUUGAUUAAAUUGAAACAAAAGCUGAAAAAUCGUGGAACUAUGUCGGAAAAAACUAGAAGAAUGCAGAAAACGUUCUUGAGGUCGAUGCAUAUUCAAAUGGUGAUCCCAAUACCAUUUAUUGUAUUGCCACUGUUAUUUUUCUUCGCUGAAUUCUUUUUUGAUUUUUAUUCACAGAAAUGGAAUAAUAUUUCUGUUGCGGUUUGUUCAACUUUCGGAUUAUUCUCAACCCUUAUCAUGUUGUUUAUACAUUCACCGUAUCGCAGUUUUAUUCUGAGCAAUAUCAGAGAGUUUUUAAAUUUUUUCGGAGUGACAUUUGGAAGAAAACCUGCUACAGUGAUUGUUGUACCGUCUGUAACUUCGAGGAACUUGGAUUCUUGA